GGGCAAUGAACACACAAGUCUGUACAGCAACCAAAAGGACACCAUACGAACUUGUGUAUGGACAAGAACCUCAUUCUGGUUUUGCUUUGAUGAAAGAGUUAUAUGAUCAAGGCAUAUGGGAUGAGGAAGAUAUACCAGACAAUGUGACUGUGCAAAACUAUGAGAGCGAUGACAAUGGUGAGAGCAGUGCACAUGUACCAGAAUCUGAAAGUGCUCCAAUGUCAUCUGAUGUCAUGUCUACAAAUCAUGAAGCAUUUUGGAAAGCUGCAGCAGAAAAUUAA